AGUUGCUCGCCAGUCAGCGUCGUGUGAGGUGUUACGUCGCCCUUCUGCCUCCCGCCGACACUUGUCCCAACUUUUAAAAACCAAGUGAACUAGAAAGCCAAGUCCCUGAACAUCAAAACCCAAAAGAUCCUCGGAAUUUAACCUCCUCCGCGGAUCGUAACACGCACGAACAGGUUACUAAUUAAACCAGAGACGCGACUGAUGCGCCGAAGAGCUCCCGCGGAAGUUAAGAGAAAAUAUUCAUAAAUCUAAGGAGUUCAAGGGCGUGGACAUACUGAAGGGCACUCAUGACGCCUCCAAGGACUGCCUGAGGAUGAGCCGGGGAGAGGAAGGGCUAUAGGAGCGACAGGAAAGGAAAGGAGAGGAAAGGAAAGGAAAGGAAAGGAAAGGAAGUCACGGAUACGGGCGGAAGUUACUGCGACGUUGAAGACCCUUUGAUGGCGAUGGUGGGCGUGUGGGCGUGGGUGGCGUGGUGCGGCGCCCUCGCCCUCGCCUCCCCGGGAGUCAGCAGUUUAAGAUCGUCCUCCCUGCCGACGACCAGCACCCGUUUUCUUCACCGAGACUUCCUGCUGGUGGGCUUAGCGAGGCGGAAGUCGCGGGGCAGCGGCUUGGGCACUGGCAUUACUAUUACAAGUGGUAGUAGUAGUAGUCCAGUGGAACCUAUUCGACCCCUGCUUGAUCUGACCUCUGGCACGACAGGGGAGCCUCAGGUUACGCCGCCGCUGCCCAUCUUUGACGAGGCCGCGCCGAGAAAUGUGUCGGAACUGACGGGGAACGCUGCCUACCUACACUGCAUCGUGCACAACCUCGGCAACAGAAGCGUAUCGUGGAUGAGGCAGCGGGACUUGAGGAUCAUGACGGUGGGGCGCUACACGUACACCACGGACCAGCGCUUCGAGGUGAUCCACUCCCCGGGCUCCAAGGACUGGAUACUCAAGAUCAAGUACGCCCAAGUGAGGGACUCCGGUAACUACGAGUGUCAGGUGUCCACUAAGCCUGUCAAGUCGUAUGCGGUGCGUCUCACGGUCUUCGCUGCUCCUCAGGCGGCCAUCAUCGGCUCCCCAGACAUGCACGUCGACAUGGGCUCAACGAUCAACCUCACCUGCGUCAUCAGCCACACACCUGAGCCCCCGGACUACAUCAAGUGGACCCACAACGGCCAGCCUCUGCAAUACGACUCCCCACGAGGAGGCAUCACGGUGGUGACUGAACGAGGCAACACGACCAGCGGUUACCUGCUUAUACAGGACGCCAAGGAAUCGGACACCGGGAAUUACACGUGUGCUCCCUCCAACACCGCCGCCUCCACGCUCAGGGUCCAUGUCCUCAACGGGGAGACUCCGGCGGCGAUGCAGCACAACGGAACGGCGCUCCCGCCCAGCCAGCACCCCGCCCUGUGCGCGCUACUGCUGCUGCUGCUGCUGCUCCUGACAGGGAGCACAUUAACCCACGGUGCUGUCAAGGACGGGGACACCUGAGCUCCGGGAACACGCCGGCCGCCUCAUGGUGUCCACUUGUUAAGUGCCUUGUGCGUGUGUCUGUCCAUGUGUCUCCGUGUCCUGCCCUGCCGCGAAGGGCCGCCGCCCCGCCCCAGCCGCUCCCGAGCUGCGGCGUGUCCUCCCCGCAGUGAGUGCUCGGCUUUCACAUUAUUUGCUCCCGUGCAUAAUUUGGGGACUCCCGCCCCGCCCCCCUCCCCGCCCGGGGCGUAUCUCACCAAGCGGGACUAUCGCCACUCCAGCAUUAGCCAUAAUAAUAACUUGCACCGCCACGCCAGGUUGCCGCGGCCUGGCGGGAGGCAAGACGAAGGCGACAUACACUGCUGUGGCCCUGAACUCUGGAAGUAAAGACCCAUCGGGCGCGGGGCGGCGGACAGGGCGCCAGGAUGCCGAGACCGCUGCAGAGCGACGCAUCACACCCCUCGGCGGCAACGUGUGGACAGAACUGAACAGCGGUGGCGGGAAUGUUUCUGGCGACGGUGAAGGGAAGGCCACUGUGUGUUUUCUAUCUCAUAAGGUGCUCAGGCAAUUCCAGAGGAAAUAUCUUAAGCAGGCUGGCCCUGGCCGGGCGCUUGGCGGCCCCGGCACUCACCAGGGAGGCCUCAUCCUAGACUUCCUCUUUAAGCCCGGUAGUUCGUAAUCCUCCCCUCUUUACGAUCACUGCUCCAUCACACACUCCAUUUCCGAAGGUCACUCAGGUGUAAUCUUCCACUGAAAGCUCUUAUUAUCUAUCCUCAGCGCUCAUCCCACUUCCCCUCUAACGCGGCAAAUGGUCGGCUGAUGCGACUUUAAACCUCGUAAUUCUCUUCCCGCCGGUUACGACCCCUGCGCCCUAAUGCCACACUUUCUAUGGAAGGACACGGCCCGUCCUCCGCCCCCGCCGCAACAAGGGCCAGUAAGAGUCUUCAAGAGGUCGUUCAUACCUCGACAAAGACUCACUCUCGCCCAUCCGCCAAGACCUCUGCCCCGAAAUGACUCUGUAAAUAAUCCCGGGAGAGAGAGAGAGAGAAUAAGAAGUGUGAAAAUCUAGAUGAGGUAAAGGAAGACCUAGUGUUUGUUAUGUUGUGAUUUGCUCUCAUCCUCGUCAGUCACCAAUAAAGGCGUGUUUUGGAGGCUUGUAAGUGAUUCCAUCGUCCCUAUCGACACGAGACUCAAGCAAUGAUGGUUUUUGAGUGAGUCAGUGAAAGAGUGUGGAAAAAAUAUACGAAAAUAAAGAAAGGAGUGAGAGAAAAAAAAAAACAUGUAAGAAGGAACGUGUUAUUUUGGUCACGAGUGUCAAUAAAAAGCGAGAUAAAAAUAGAAAAAUGGAAGAAAAAACAGAGCAAUUAUGAAAAAAGGGGACAAGCGGCCACUCCUCCCUCCCUCACUCAUCACAAUGUAGAGUCCACGUCACGACUUCCUCCCACAGACAAAAAAAAAAUAUUAAAACUGUCUUUUUAUAUAAUUUAGUAUGUAAUUAACUACCAUAAAGUCCAUCCUCCGUCAUACUCAGAUGUGCACGUUAAGACUUACCCCCCGUCACUUUUUUUCUCCUUUUUCCCUAUUUUCCUUUUUCAUUUCCUCCCUUUUCUCAUAAUUCUCCCAUCUGUUCAUUCUCUUUUACUUAUUUUCUUUACAUCUCUUUUUUCGUAGUUCAUUCUUUUCUAUGUCUUUAUCCUUCCUUACUUUCUUUUCCCUGCUUCCUGUUCAUCACCUUUUUCCAGUUCACUCUCUUUUUUCUCUCAGUGUCUUAUAUUUCCAUACAUUUUCCUUCCUUCUUUUCAUAAUUCUUUGCUCGUUCAUUAUCUUUCUUUCUCUUUGACUUUCUUUACAGUUCUAUUUUUCGUCCCUUCCUUGCUUUUUAUAGCUCUCCUGCAUUCGUUCUGUUCCCUCUCCUCCUUGCUUCAUCUUUCUAAUUGCCUUCAUUCAUUAAGUGUUUACAUGUUCUGAUUCUUCACCUUUAUCUCCUCGCUACUUUUAUCUCAGCUGUCUUUUCACUGCUUCAUCUCACUCUGUCGCGGAUGUAUCACUUAAGUUAUAUAUUAUGUCAUAUCUCAAUUUUACAACCUAUUUAAUUUGCAUCUACGUCUAGGUACUUGCAAACUUUUUUUAUAAUUACCUACGACCUGUCCUAUUACCUGCCUACCCACCUACCUUCCAAUUUACCUGCGUACCUACCUAUCUACUUAUCUACCUAACCUAACCUAUCUAUCCAUCUACGUAAUUUUCUCCCACUCGACGUGUGUGUGCGUGUGAUUUAUACCUUACCUUACCUGUGCGUGUCUCUUGAAUCUGUACUAUGCAUCCGUCUACCUCUAUUGACCGUAUUCUGAAACACGUCUACUUGCAUCUCCACUAUAUUCGAAAGGCUUUAGUUGACGUUACUCAGGUUUUCGGAGUGUUUUUCUUAUUCUCGUGAGAUAUUAACAAGAUUUCUACAUUAUGAACAGAAGAAACACUCUUGAGAACCCGGUUAAUCUCUGUGGGCUUUGAAAAUAGUCGUGGUGAGAGAGUAAAGCAUUUCUGAACACGGGCAUGUAUCUUAAUGUGUCAUCUCUCUCUCUCUCUCUCUCUCUCUCUCUCUCUCUCUCUCUCUCUCUCUCUCUCUCUCUCUCUCUCUCUCUCUCUCUUCACAUCCCA